AGUGACCACAAGCCUAGCUACAUAUUAAUUAACAUGGGCUCUGACCUUACAACGAACUCAGGAAUCUUUGCAUCCAAAGCCAGGUCAACUCUGUUGGCCAGUUCAGUCGCGCUAACCUUUAUUUCUUGGGGACUUUUAUUAUCCCUUCAACCCGCUUUCUACCCGUCUGAAGCUGAGUCAAAAGGCUCCACUCCUGCGCAAUAUGGGUUGGUUUUUGGGAUCGUAAGCUUGGGCGGCUUCAUCUCAUCACCUAUUUUUGCUCAUUUUGGAGGCAAGAUCGGGACGAAAAUCCUUUGCAAUGUGAGUGGGUUUGUCCAAGGGAUGACAGCCUUGGCGUUUGGAGGCUUGGAGAAUGUGAACGAUACAUGGACAUUUAUUGGGUGCUCCUAUUUGUUGAGGUUUAUUGAUGGUGUGGCGAAUGCAGCCGGUUCCGCUGCAAUAGUGAGCAUUCUCAUGGCUCUCCUUCCUGGUUAUGAGUCGUCCAUUCCCGGCUGGACUCAGAUGUGUUUGGGUCUAGGAUACAUCAUUGGACCGGUUUUGGGUUCACUUUUGUUCGAAUUUGGAGGAUUUGGCCUGCCAUUUUAUAUUUUUGGUGGAAUUAUCCUUUUCUUGGCCUUUGACCUACUCUUGAUUGUUCCAAACAUCAAACCAGGCACUGCAGCAAGGGAUCAUAAAAGCCUGGCUCAUGAUUCCAAGCCACCUCUCACCAUCAAAAGCGUAUUCAAAUCUUUCAAUUUAAGCCUCCCGUUCUUCGACAAAUUCGUCCUCUACUAUGGAACCGGUAUUUUUGAAUCAAUGCUCCAGCCACACAUGAUAAAUUCCGAGGCUCAAGCUACUCAGUUUGAGGUCACCAUGGCGUUCCUUAUUGUGGCCGGGUGUUACAUGGUCACCACUCCAAUAACUGGUUACGUGUGUGAUAAAAUGAAGUGCCCAAUCUUGCUUUCAAUUGUUGGCAAUUUCCUUCUGUUCGCUUCAUUCAUCUUUAUUGGACCCUCCCCAUUCUUGGUUGGAUUGCCGCCCUCCGUAUCAUUGAUCUUAGGGAUGAUGCCAUUCUUAGGGUUAGGUUAUGGAUUGGUGUCCGUCUCCACGUUUUCCAGAGCCUACAAGGAAUGCAUCCGACAAGGGUACCGGGAUGAUGUCGAUACCUAUUUCGUCCUAACAAGUCUUUGGACAGCGUCAUUUCAUUUGGGCAACUUCCUUGGUCCUACUAUAGCUGGAAUCAUUGUGAACGCCAUCGGAUUCCCUAAUACCACUCAAAUCUCAAUGUUCAUGUUCCUUUUGAUGACCAUCCUGGAUUGCAUUCUGUACUACUUUGACAACAGAGGAUCUAUGACACAAAACAAAUAUGAAAACCUAUCUUAAAAUAAUUCUUACCUCAUUAUUCUAAUUUUAUAGCUCUGAACCAACAAUUGUGCACCCCAAAUACCCCAUGCCAAAUUGGAAUAUUUUCCCACGCAUAAGUUGCUUUGGGAGGAUGGAGGGGCAAAAAAUGUGCAUACUAAAUUUGCUAAUUCUAGCUUGGAAAUCUACCCGUGAGAAUGGAGAGGGUGCUUUAAGGAAGAUUGUGAAAUAAUGGUGGAAGCAUUGCGUUAUGACACAACUGUACCACGCCAGGUGUAGGUGACUCAAUUUAUCUGUUUUGGAAUCCCAUUUUCCAAUCCAAUUUUUCGAUCCCAUCACAAGUACCAACAUGAUUCCCUAGGCUUAUUUGUUACCCACUGAUGUGCUCAUGUUGGCCGUUUUCUUGUUUGUUUCCUGAUUUGAUUGAAAUUCUAGGAUAUUUGCCUGUUUGCAAAUAUUUGAUCCAUUUUCAAACAUGUUCAGUGUUGCUUAACCAACAUGACUUUAACAGAAAACUAGUUUAAUCGAUAUUUUAUUAUUUUGUCGUACCUAAGUCAUUGCCAAUAAAUUACUUGCAUUUAAGACUUCAGUUUUACUUAUGAAAAGGCAAUCUAGGACAAAAAAGCUGUUUUAAAUAUUUGACCCAUUCAAAAGAUUACAAGAUAUCUUGUUCUGACAUGCCUACUUUAAGGUAAAUCGAGCUUUUAACAACCGCAAGAUAUAUGUACAUCUGUUUUGCUCCGUUAAAUCCUUUAUUUUACAUGAACUGUUGAGAGAACUUUGCACACCAGCUUGAGGGAGCAAUUUAUCCAGUAAAAAACUGUUUUCACGCAACCUCCAAACUCUUCCAAAAUGAAGCGAUGUCCAGGCCUCAAUAAACGUCAAUCACGUUUUCUUUGAUCUAUUGAAUUGAACAAUGACAUUGCCCUCUUGUUGUCUGCCCGGUACACACUGUCCCCCUCCAUGCCUGUAGCACUCCUUGAGAUAACUCCUGGUGUUGAGGAUGGCAUGAUAACGUCAACGCAAUGCUACAAAUUGAUAAUCA